GGAGAAAUUAGUGUACCUGAAACUGAAUAACUGAGCAUUUUUGGUGAAUCCUAAAAACAGUUGGAAGUUGGAUUUCCCUAAUCCCAAAUUCCAAAAUAUUAGACAAAUAAUUUGAAUUGAUUUCUGACUUCGCGACAUUCUUUUCCGAUCGGCUAGUGACUCAUAUUUUAGUUUUUGCAGGAAAUAUCUUUAAAAAAAUCUUCUAAAACAGAUGUGAUCUGUGAAAGUUUACAUGGAAAAGAAUGUGAUUCAUAAAUCUAAUCGUAAUCAGUCAAUAAACAUUACUCUGCCAGCGACAACAAUACUGCAUUUCGUAAGCCUUGCCAACUACUUCAUAAUCUUUGGGGAACGAGCAAAGGUGAGAAAGUAUCUGAACUUAAGCACGUAUGCAAGAAUUUGAAGAAAUUGAAAAUUCGAGGUAGACGAAGCGCCUACCAUCAUCUUCAAAGUGUGGGAUUGACCUUCCGUAACCUACAUACGUAUAUGGGCCCUCCAGAACCUCUGAAGGCGCCAAACCUCCGAAGCCGUAUUCAAGCCAAUUUGGCUAGACGCGAAUGUGCGAAAUGUCAGCAAAUGAAGAUUCAAGAGAAAUCUUAUGUUGUAAAAGAGUACCAUUGUCCGCUUAAGGUUUCGACGUAAGCAGGGGAGACACUACUGACGAAAUUGUGGUAGUCCCCGUCCUGAGAGACCGGAGCUGUGGCAAAACACUGCAAAAUCCCCAACGUGAUCCGCGAAUUCCGUGCGCAUCUACCUCAUCACUAUCCAUGACGACAAUACCUGCGGCUGUAGCUGUGCGCCAUCAAUCUGGCGGGAGGCAGACGAGUUCGUAGAAUCGGAAAGCUCCAAAGUGCUCACGAAAUGUUUAGUGAGAAACCGUCAUAUAAAAACCGUUUGCCGCUCGCUGGGCAGCCAUAAGUCAGCGAAGACAGCGCGACCGGUGAACAGUGUAGAGUUCACCGCACUCCGUGUACACAGUGAAUAGUGAAUAGUAGCAACCCGACGGUUAGUUACCAGAGAAUUGAUAGUGCUCGAUCCGAUGCUUGAUAUCAGAAGACGCGUGUGUGGAUAAGAUAACAUUUCCGUGAGAUACAAACCUAUUGAAUUAUAGUUAGAAAAUUGAAAAAUGUGCCAACAAACGACCGAUAUGGGUUCACAAAUUGAAUUGCUCUACAUGCAAGGGAUGCCACGCAAAGUCGGCAAAUCCGUUGAGCACACGCUAAUGAAGCGGCGAAACUGUGCAAAAUGUGGUACCGACAGUGAAAAUAACAGUGCCAUUGAGGAUAACGAGGAGUUGGAGUGCACAUGUGAUAAUAGGAAGCGGCAGCGACGGCACAAUAUGAAGAGCAAUCAAGAUAUCAUAGCGAUUACCACGCAGUGGACACGACAUGGGGUCAACUGGGCUUAUUCUCAAAUGGAUCUAAUGAAAAAGUCACAAAUUUACAGAGUUAUGACUAGAACCACUCAACCUGCCCACGUAAUAGCUGUUGGAAUCUUAUCUUUUGUGGUGAUGUUGGUCUGGCCCAAUAUAGUGGACCAACAUUACGGAGAAGAAGUGAAACCCAAGAAGAGUGGCCUCGCCCUUUUGGCAUAUUUGGCAGCCUUUGCAACGCAUUUCGGUGCCCAGAUUUGGAUGACCUUUGUAUCAGGACUUUCUUUAUAUUUCGCGUUACCUCGCCAUACAUUUGGACUGUGUCAACAAAUCCUGUUUCCAAGAUACUUUUCAAUGAAUUCCAUUCUGAGCAUCUGCACCCUUGUGAUGUUCAUCAAAGUGAUUGGUGGACGCUGGGAGUUCACCUCAUAUGUGCAAGUCAUCGCAUUGUCCCUCUGUGCAGUGAUAGAAGUUGCAGUGCGACUCUAUUUGGCGCCACCACUCCUACGCCUGAUGGCCGAAAAACAUAAGUUCGAGACGGGCGCCGGAAGCGGUAUGGAAAUUGGAUAUUUAGAGCAGCGGGAUCUGGUCAAGUGUCCACACUACCAACGCAUCCACACGGCGUUUCGACGAAUCCACAUGACCGUUGCGAUGGGCAACAUGACAACCCUCAUCUGUACAUUUUUGCAUUUACAUUACUUGGCGUCGAAAAUAUCCGUCAGCUAAUUUGGCAACCGCCGAACUCGCAUUUUUAGUAUGAAAAAUAACAUCGAAUUAUCAAAUUAUUUAACUAAGUAGAUACAUUAUAAUUUAUAAUGUGUAGAUAUCCUCUAGAUUCGUAGAGUUUCUAGUGUAAUUUUUAGACUGAGUUUAAAGAUCUUUCAACUAGAGACUGUUCCAAAAACAAAGUAUUUUUUUUUCGGGAUUCACGCGAAAUUUAUUUGAAAAGACUGCGAUAUUUUCUCAUCCCCAUCCUCAUUAUGCAUCAACCACCACAAAAUCUUGUAAUUGUAAAUAUUAGGCGAAUUUUUAGCUCAUCCUCAUUUUAAAUUCUCAUGCCAGCCAUCAUAUCAUCCCACCCAUUCUCUAGAUAUUAUUAUUGAUAAGCGUUCGAUAAAACUAUUUAACAUCCUGACGCAAAUAUCUCAUGAUUUCAAAUUAAUUAUGUGUCGAAUAUAUAGUAUUUAUUACACUAUUAUUGUGAAUUGUACGAAAAGGAUAUGUGUGAGUUUUGUGAUCUUGAUUGCAACGAUUUUAAAUUAGUUUGACAAAUUGUUAUUUAAUUUAUUCGAUUUUAAGUAGGAAACUAAUUUGUGCACGUGAUCUAUAAUUGAAUAAUAACAAAUUACCAUACGAAUGUAGUGAAUUUUAGAAAAAAGACAACAGAGAGGGCAAAAUAAAUUGCCAAAGUAAAAGAAAUACCCAAAACAAGAAUAAAGAAAAUUGAAUUUUAAAA